AUGGGAGGAAGGCGCAACAGGAUGAGAGCAAGAAGCAAAGUGCAGAGUGGCAGAGCCAUGCAUUCCGGAGUCUCUGCUGAUGUGAAAGUGGAGGAAAGGAACGAUGGAAUGAGCAGUAAGUGCAAUGUUGACUUCCGAGAGUUGAAUGAAUGGGUGCCUGAUUCAGAUUUGGAUAUGAAAGAUGAGGCGAGUGGAGUAUCUGUUGAUAUUGAUAUUGAUACUGAUGUUAAUUUUAAUGAUAAUGCAGAUACUGUAUAUAAUGGUUCAGGUUGCACUGUGAUGUGUGGAGAUGUGAAUGAUGAGAUCAAGGUCAAUGUUGAGAGGAUUACAAAUGGAGAGGCGUUUAAGAUCAAUGAGGAAAUUGAUAUAAAUGCAACAGCGAAAGCUAAAGAGGACAAGGAAAUUCAUAAAAGAAUAUACUCGAUGACUCCAAGCUUAAAGGUCACAAUGACGCCUCAAAUGCCUGUCAGGAAGGUGAUUCAUGAUGAAAAGACAAACGGGCUUGCAGUGAAAGACGAGAGCGUCAAGCUUCCAAGUAAGAUGAUUAUUAACAGGUAUCCUGGGCAUUUAUUUAUACACAUUGAUCAGGUGGAGAGAUUCAUGAGUACGCGUGGUGACAUAGAGGAGGUUUCAAUCAGAAUGGAGUGCAAAGCGAUUACACAUGAAACAAAGAAACACAAGCCAUGGACAAGCAUUGGAGUUAAUGAGAUGAUCAAGAUUCCGAUUGAGAAGAUGGAUGGGGAAGGACUUUUGGUUAGGUUUGUGUUAUUAUUGCAUCGCAAGGUGUCUGGAAUGUUUUCUAAAGCGGAGGUGGUGAAGUCAUGCGAGUCUACACUUGUGGUUGAUGUAGAGAGGAUCCACUCUGUGCAUAACAACUUACUUGAGAGCAUGCUGUUGUGGGACAACUAUACAUCUAAGAAUGUGUUUAAGAACAUCCAAGGAUUUUUCACAAAUGGGACACCUGAUGCAUGGGGUUUGAGACUGUUUCUAUCCUUUGUAUCAGAUGAUGAGCUGCACCUGAUUCCUGCAACACCGCCUUGUGAUCUGAGAUCUUUGAGCAAGUGGCUUGUAGUGAAGAAGUUUUCGUACAACAUGUGGUUCAAGGGAUUUGUGAACCUAAGAGGAGAUGUGGGAGAUGUGUGCACUAAUCUGUGGAAGCGAAGGUAUGUGAAGUGCUAUGGAUACAUGAUUUUUGUUUUUAACGAGCAUUCUCGAAGCCUUGUUGGAACAGUUAAUCUUGUAGAUGCUGGAUUUGAUCCUGGUGCAAGCAGUGGGAUCUAUCUAGAGAACUUUCUGAGUAUUUCUGUUGGGCAGGGAAAUGUUGAGUUCCACUUUGAUUGCAAGGAGAAGUAUGAGUUGUGCAGGAGUGCGUUGUGUGCGAUGCUUCCACGAACGUUGUUUUACAAGAAAGCGCAGCAAUGA